AGAAGUCGUGGGGAGCAAGAAAAAUAUUAGCGGGAGGAAGCAACCAGAGAAAGACGUUAGGAAAAAGGAGAAACUUUUCGUGCACACCAAGCAGGGAGGGAAGCAACGCAGAAACAAGGGAUAGAUUAGACCAGCGAAACGUCUAGUAGGAACCAAGAAAACUACAGCACCUUCGUACGGGGAGACGCGGAGAAGGAGACCGGAUGAAGCCAGUUCAAAUCGGUGAAAUCAUUACUCACUACUCUCUUCAGCAGCAACAAGAACGUAAGGGCAAUUCGAUAAUUUCAUAAUGAGGGACACGGUGGGGCCCAAAAAAGCAACAGCAGGAGGGAAUCACGGAAAAUCCACUGUUCAAGCAUUGGAAACCGAACUUUUAUUGUACAUAUUGAGGAUUGAUGAGCUCCAAAACUGAACAGACAACUUAUCAUGAUGGUCAGUUUCGCUUCGUCAUUAUAAGCAUCUUAGCCACUUGCAAGUUCCAACUAUUUCCCAGUCUCCAAGAACUCUUCUCAGAUUUAGUGUCCCAAAACUCCACUGCCUUGAAAGAGAAGAGGAUGGGAGAUAAGUUGCACCAGAAACGAGCGAUCGGAAUCGAUCUCGGCACCACAUACUCGUGUGUUGCAGUAUGGCAACAUGAUCGAGUAGAGAUCAUUGUGAACGAUCAAGGGAACAGAACGACGCCGUCUUAUGUUGCGUUCACUGAAACUCAAAGAAUGGUCGGGGACGCUGCAAAGAACCUGGCUGCACAUAAUCCGACUAACACUAUCUUUGAUGCGAAGAGGUUAAUUGGUCGGAGAUUCAGUGAUACCCAUGUUCAAAGUGAUAUAAACCUUUGGCCAUUUAAGGUCAUUUGCGGUGACAAUGAUAAGCCCAAAAUUAUCGUGAAUUUAAAAUCACAGGAAAGGCAAUUUAUACCGGAAGAAAUCUCAUCUAUGGUACUAGCUAAGAUGCGUGAGAUUGCAGAGAAAUAUCUUGGCUCAACAGUUAAAGAUGCAGUUGUCACUGUGCCUGCAUAUUUCAAUGAUUCUCAACGCCAAGCAACCAAAGAUGCAGGCACAAUUGCUGGCCUUAACGUAAUGCGAAUAAUCAAUGAGCCCACUGCUGCAGCAAUUGCAUAUGGUUUGGACAAGAAAGAUAGUUAUGACCACGAGAGGAACAUUUUUGUCUUUGAUCUGGGAGGUGGUACCUUUGAUGUCUCUCUUGUUGCAAUAAACAAGGGUGAUUUCAAAGUUAAAGCAGUUGACGGUGACACGCACCUUGGGGGAGAGGACAUUGACAAUAGAAUGGUCAACUAUUUCGUGGACGAGUUGAAGAAGAAGCAUAAGAAGGACAUUACUGGUAGCCCAAAGGCCCUUAGGAGGUUGAGAACUUCAUGUGAGAGGGCAAAAAGAGUACUCUCAUCCACAUCCGUUGUUGAUACAAUCGUUGAAGUUGAUGCUUUAUAUGAGGGCAUUGAUUUUCAUUCAACAAUCACCCGUGCUAGGUUUGAGGAAUUGAACAAAGACCUCUUUGCAAAAUGUUUAGAAAUUACAGAGAAGUGUCUUUUGGAUGCUAAGAUGGAUAAGAGUAGUGUUGAUGAAGUUGUCUUGGUUGGUGGGUCUUCAAGAAUUCCUAAAAUUCAACAGCUAUUGCAGAACUUCUUUAAUGGGAAGGAUUUAUGCAGGAGCAUCAACCCUGAUGAGGCUGUUGCUUAUGGUGCUGCUGUUCAAGCUGUUAUUUUAAGUGGACGAGGAAAUGAAGAUUUACAAGGUAUUGUCAUGAGAGACGUCACCCCAUUGUCCUUUGGGUUUGAGAAACAUGGUGGUGUCAUGCAAGUAGUGAUUCCAAGGAACACUAGUAUUCCUACAACUAUGUGGGUUGAUAAGUUUACUACUGUGGAUGACAACCAAGCAAUAAUCCCUUUAAAUGUUUUUCAGGGUGAGAGAGCAAUGGUAAAGGAUAACAAUUUGCUGGAUAUGUUUUACCUCACUAUUCCCCCAGAACCAAAGGGUGUUCCUAAGCUUAAAAUUUGUUUUUCUAUUGACGAGAAUGGUAUCUUGAAUGUCUCGGCUGAGGAAACUAAAUCAGGGAGCAAGAAUCAGAUGACAAUAAUUUCAGGAAAAGAAAGACUAUCAAAAGAAGACAUUGAAAGGAUGGUUCAAGAAGCAGAGAAAUACAAGGCUGAUGACGAGCGGUGCAAGAAGAAAGCCGAAGCAAAGAAUGCUUUGGAGGACUAUAUCUACAAAAUCAGGGCUGCUGUAAAUAAUGAGGCGAUUGGCUCAGGGCUUUCUGCUGCAGACAAGAAGAUUGAGGAUGCUGUUGAAAGAGCCUCAAAGCUAGUUGAAGACCAACAGCUUGCCGAGGUUGAUGAGUAUGAGCAUGGAAUGAGGGAGCUCGAGAGAGUCUUUAAUCUCAUUACAUUGAAGCCGAGUCAAGAUUUUGACAUAUGAUAUUUUCUUCUGUUUUUGGAAAUCGUAGUGGGUUGACUUGGAUAUGCUUUUUUGUAAUCGUUGUCAUAUUGUAAAUGAUUUUGAUCAUUUGACUUAGUGGGUCAGGUAAUUUCCAUUUUGUGAGGUUUUUCUAAUGUAUACACGAAUACAUUACGGUUAAUUAUAGCUUAGCGCAUGGCAUUUUAUUUAAA